UACGGCGCCAAUGCAUGACAUGAUCUGUGUACGCGCAGCAGGGAAUGUCGUUCACGGACCUCACUUAAGAAAACACAUCUGUCGUCUCUGACUCACUAACUCGUGGCUCGUAUUCGGGUGCUCCCCGAGUUUCCAGCUUUCUGCGUUCAUGAUCAAUAUUUUCUUUACGGGACCUACAUUCCGAUCGGGUUUAAUAGAAGGCGUGGCUUGAUGUCACCGAUAGACGGUUGAUUUUCAUAUUCAUUCCCGGGGUCUACUUGUCGUUGGUGCCAGGACGCAGACGCUGUAGUCUACACCACAUUAAACCACCACACAUGAUUUAACAGGAGAAACCGCUUCCUACGGGAAUUGCUUGAGCGGCCUGUCACUGGAUAUCGCUUUGGAUCACAGAUUUGGAUUACGAGACUCUUACUCACAGAAACCAGCUAUGGGAACAAACCCAAAGGGGACUUUGUCGGUUCAGAUGGUGGGUCAGCUGACCGGGUUGGACCCGCUGGGAAACAAGGAGCCCGAUGCCAAACUGCCCAAGGAUCACAACCUGAACCAGUCCAAGGUCUGCCCUGCCUCCAACAACAACCCCACUCCCAUCCAAUCUCCGGACCCCACAGAGGAUAUACUUCACACUGCUCCUCUUAUAAACACCGCCAACAGCCAACCGUCUUCCAAAGAAGGAGCCCAAGCCGGAAUUGUGGGUUUGAACGUCCCCACAUCCACCAACGGAAAUAAGGAAAUAAUUCUGCUUGCGGCAACAGGAGAUAAAAGCCACCACCAGACGACUGCAAGAGCCCCUCCGACAGGAAGAGGUGUAAAUACGCCAGCAGAUGGCCAGAGGGACGAUCAUAAUGCUUCACUGAGAAUGCGAACCCCGGAGGAGAAGGAGAAGCAGGGCGUAUCUAAGGCUGACUUGACGUCUGAUGUUGCCGCAUCAAAGGUCGACAUGCUUAAAAAUGACUGCCGAGCAAGGGGGCCCAUCGUGCCGGUAGAGAGUUGUUCUGAACCACUGCUGCAGGGCGGGGGAACAUCCACAGCUAAGGAAUCACCUUCAGGGAACGCCAGUAGUUACGUCCCUUGCAAUAAUCAAAGGUCGGGGAAGGGCUUUGAAUCCGGACACGCUGGAUCUGAAGGGUCGACUCCCCGGCCCGAGAGCCAGAGAGGAGUUUUAUCAACUACAACAUGUCCUGGAACUGCUUCCACGGUGUUGGGGUCUAAAGCGCCAGAUAAUAUAAAUGGUCUUUCCGCUAGCUUAGCAGACAAAAGCUACAGUCAAAAACAAUGUCUGACACAGUUGUCAAAAACAGAGAAGGUAUCCCCAGCACCUGUCCAAACAGCGGAGCAAAAAACACAAGUAUUGGUUCCACCCGCACCCAUGGUAGAGACCACGGCAGUGCCACGCGCCGCCAAACUCCCACCUGCUUCUCGAAGGCAAAGUGCAGGGGUGACAGAUCUGAAUUCAAACAUAACGCACGCAGAGAGAGGCCCGCCGCCAGCGUACAACACUCGGCUCACCUCAGAUAAACCCCAGGCGGCGCCGUCCCAGCGGGGCUUCUCUGCGGUGCCUCCGGCGCUGGAGGAAAAGCCGGUGUUCAGGCGAGGAGCCGAGAAGGCCUGUACGACUGGCGCAACAGUAGUCCCUGGACUGUCCACGCUUCACCCCAAGUGCUUCAGCGAGGCCUCCACCAUGACCUCCGGGGCCUCCACCCCGACCAAGCAGCGGCAGGAUGUGGAGGUGCAGGCCGUGGCCAACAUGUGUAGCAGAGCAGUAUCCACCAGCCCGAGCCUUUUGCCUCUCUCUGGGGUCCACAGGCCUGGCGCCGGAGUUCCUCUAGACCAGGAGGAGGCCCAGAGCCUGGCUGUGCUUUACAAGGCAGAGGGUGGCGUGGGACCGGGUCCGGGAGUUGUUCGCCACCCAACGGGCCCCUCGCAGAUCUACAUCGAUUCAAUAGUGUGCACUGUUGACACCAACACAGAGGGACCCGUCGUAAAGGCGGGGAUGUGCGGCGACCAAAAUGGUAAUACGGUCGUCCACACAGAGAACGACCGAGCAGGGGCCAACCCAAAGCAGGAUAACCAAGCAGCAAGCCAUGUGCAGACCGCCGCCCCACCCCUGAAACCCGUUUAUCAAAUCAACAUUGAACACAGUGCUCCAAGGGAGGGGAAAAUGUCCCCUUUGAUCCACCCUACAAUCAGCUCACAGAGCAUGAUACAGUCCAAGAAGACACCAUCUGAUCCACCGGGUGUUCCAGUGAUGUCAACUGCAGAGAUAGCCACCACAAAGGCUUCCUCUUCUCAAUUACCACCAUGUCAAGGGCUUGCGAGUGCGAAUAAGGCAAAACAAGCCGUUAAUAUUCAGGCUGCAUCGAUACCGAUGAACACCAACUCCAAAUCAAAGGUAUCUAAAGCCGGCACCAAAUGCCCAAAAGACCAGCCCAAGUCUGCCGGGAAAGUUUCGGGGAAGGAAAUCAGUGUCAUCAAAAAGGGUCUGGAGCCGGAGAGGAAGAAGAAGGAGAUGGAGGAGGAAGAGGAGGAGGAUGACGACGAGGCUAAGCAGAAAGAGAAGGGCGUGCAUGAGGUAGUGUGGGAUGAGCAAGGCAUGACCUGGGAGGUGUACGGGGCAGGGGUUGACCCCGAGUCCCUGGGCUUCGCCAUUCAGAGCCACCUGCAGUGCAAGAUCAAGGAGCAGGAGCGCAAGCUGGUCACCAAAACACCUCAGAGGAAAUCAAUCACCGCCACCGUUGAGUCGCCCCGCCGCGAGAGAAAGAAGCCGAGGAGGCGGCAAAACAUCUUCAGGUCCAUGCUGCGAAACGUCAGGCGGCCAAACUGCUGUUCGAGACCCUCACCAGCCUCAGUGAUGGAGUAGAGUGAGGGGUUAGAGACAGGGGUAGUGAUUCAUGUCGAGUUAAAAUACUAAAGGGAUAGCUUCCUUUGAACGCAUACUGGAAUGUUAUAGUAUACUAAGACUAUUUGUGAUAAUAUUUAUUGUUAAUGGAGCACCAAGCAGUUUUUUUUUCUCCACCAUGUAUUUAAAAAAACAACGUUUUUUACUUCUGAAAAAUAUGAGCUUGUCCAGCUAGCGUAGCUUUCAUGGAUUCACGAUGGUGGCCAUGUUAGCUGUUGAGAGGAGUUGUAAGGUACACAUUUGUUUCCUGUCCCAACAAAUGAUUUGAAUGCUCAUCUUAUCUUGGUGACAAAAUAUAUAACAUUUACAAUCUUUUUUUAGGAAGAAUUCACUGCUCAUUUGAAGAUGAUUAAAUGUAAGAAUAUGAUAUUACUGAAAUAAAGAAGUAGAAGAUAUUUAAGGAACAAGAGAAAAGAGUUUACAUAGUAUUUGAAAUGUCAAAGGCAAUAAUUAUUGUAAUGCAUGUAUUUUAGCUGCAAUUGUCACUGUUAACUGCCACACUGUUAACUUAAGUCCAUACUGAAAUAUUACAUGACAACUGUCAAAGGUUACACACAUGUUGUUGUCACUUACAUCAAUAUCAAGUCUUAUUGAAUUUUAUGCAAUGUGUUUAUCAUCGCGUCCUAUAUAGGUGUCCAUAGACACACUGCAUUUCAAAUGUCAAUGUUUUAUUUUCAGAUUUAUUUAUGUCAUACAAAAAGAAACUGCUUUAUUACAAGCCUCACCGUCAUGCUGCUUUUCCCCUGGUUUGGUAUUAAAGACAACA